CAACUGAAGACACUUGUACCUAGUUUUGGGAAAUCAGUAAGGGAUUUUUUUUUUUUACUGUUCAUGAUAAUUUGACUAACAGCAAAUAUUUGACGUUACAUACCACACACAAGUGACAGUUUUCUACUGUAAAAUGACAACUAAUAUGUACCGAGUUGGGGACUAUGUCUACUUUGAAACUGCACCCUCUAUGCCUUAUCAAAUUCGAAGAAUUGAAGAGCUAAACAAGACAUCAAGUGGUAAUGUGGAAGCUAAAGUUAUGUGCUAUUUUCGAAGACGAGACAUACCUGCCACCCUGCUUUCACUUGCUGAUAAACAUCAAGAAUUUGUUGAUGGUGUAGUUGGUGAUACUAAUGGGAAUAGUAUGGUAAAGCCUGAUACUAGCUGUUCUCCUGCGAAGAUUGCCACAUCACCUACAUCAAGUCUUGAUCCUGCUACCAAUGAAGCUGAACCAGUAAAAGUGGAAUCUGAAACAGAUGCAAAAGUUCCAAGCAAAAAGGAAGAAGAAACAAGUGCUUCUAUAACUGAGACCAAACCAGAGAUCACAGAAAAAAGUGAAGAAAAAGAGCCAAUAGAUGAGUUAAGUUCCAAACAGAAAAGUCAGUUGAAUCAAAGGGAAUUGUUUUUAUCCAAACAGGUUGAAAUUCUUCCAGCAACAAACAUUCGUGGAAAAUGUAGUGUUACUCUUCUCAAUGAAACUGAAUCAUUUUCUUCCUACAUUGACAAAGAUGAUGCCUUUUUUUAUACAUUGGUGUAUGAUCCAGUGCAACGAACGCUCCUAGCUGACCGCGGUGAAAUUCGCGUUGGCUCGCGCUAUCAGGCAGAACCCACUGCCCUCCUGAAAGAAGGUCAUACCGACGGCCGCAAUAUGGAAGAGUUAGAAGUCUUAACGUGGACUCCAGAACACGGGUUGUCAGAUCGUGAAAUAGACCAGUUUUUGGUAGUUGCCAGGUCAGUGGGCACGUUUGCCCGGGCAUUAGAUUGCUCUUCGUCAGUAAAACAACCCAGUUUGCAUAUGAGUGCAGCUGCUGCCUCAAGAGAUAUAACUUUGUUUCACGCCAUGGAUGCCCUCCAUCAAUCAAAUUACGAUCUAGGCAAGGCGAUGUGUGCCCUCGUGCCUCAAACAGGUCCCAUAUUAUGUCGUGACCAAAUGGAAGAAUGGUCAGCGUCGGAAGCAAAUCUUUUUGAAGAAGCAAUGGAAAAAUACGGGAAAGAUUUCAAUGACGUUCGCAAUGACUUCUUGUCCUGGAAAGUACCGUCCAGUUUAAUUGAGUACUACUAUUUAUGGAAAACCACGGAUCGCUACGUUCAGCAAAAGAGAGUGAAGGCUGUUGAAGCUGAAUCUAAACUGAAACAAGUCUAUAUACCCACUUACAACAAGCCACAUCCCGCUGCCAUAGGCCCACCACUUCCACAAUCGUCAAAAAAUGGAGCUCACCAAAUCGAAAUCGGUUUGGGACCCGGCAAGUUUUGUGAAUGCUGCUCAGUGGCAACAUCGGUACAGUGGUACGCUUGGAAUCCGGCUAAUGGUGCCUCUCCUGCCACCCUACCACAAAGCAGGUUGUGCCAAGCGUGUUGGUCUUACUGGAAAAAAUAUGGAGAGCUCACCGUUUCUAGCAAAGUUGCUUUGCCGGCUUCGUCCGACGAAGACUCCAAAAACUUGAGUGGAGGUCCAGAAGCUUUGACUUCGCGCCCUCAUCGCUGUUCGACUCAGGGAUGCGGGAAGACUCGAACUGCUUUUUAUUUGGCGGUAACACCCAUAACUCGGUUGGCCCGAAGAUUUUCUGCUCAUUUAUUGCGACCACGCCAUGCUGCACGGUUUCCUUUCCUUCCAAUUAGUGCUGCAGCUAUUCGGCAGGAUUUUCAAAUGCGUAUGGCUCGAAAGACAUCAGCAGAAGUGCAAUCCUGGAUGUUGCGUGCGCAAAAGCCACUGGCGCCAAUUCGUCCUCCUAAACGUAUACGCGUCGCAGAUCUGACCUUUCGGCUUGCCCGUGGUCAGAUCCAACCCACAACGGCAGCUUGGCUCAUUCUACCAGAUCGUUCCUUGCCCAAGACAAAGCUGAAUCGUGAAGCUUUUCCAAAACCCCCCAAAGCUGCUGAUGGUAGUCUCAUAUACGAUAAAAUAGUAUUACCCCAGCGAGAAACAGAGCGAUUGAAAAGACGUCCAGAUGAUUCUCCUUUGGAAGGUCCUCCCUUCAAACGCUCUGCCCGUGAGAGUCCGAGUAAUGUGGUAUCCCCGUUAUCUGUUUUGGCUCCGUUAUCCGGCCUAGCCAUGGGAAUAAGCGGAAGUCCAACACCAGUGGCUCCUUCUCCUUUCCUACCCAACUUGUCGAGCAUUGCGUCUCUGCCGAUAUCUUCAUUACGGCCGAAUAUUCCUUCAGAGCUCUACGUGUCUGCCUUGGCCAAUUCGAGUGGGCUAGUUCCCCUAUUGCCUGGAUCAAAGGGUUCUCCGUCACCAUCGUCCGCUAUAUCUCCAACAGUAAAGCCAAGUUUGCUUCCGUCCGUUCCGCAGCCUCUCACCGCUCCUAAUUUACUUGCGGGACGGGGUGCGCGCAGCCAUGGAUCUCGUGGUGGCCUUCAUGGGCAUUCAGGUGGACGGAUCAAACAGUUACCAACGUGGAUGGACGCACCCGACGACCUCUUUUUCCAUUCAACUCAAAUUACCAAGAAACUGAGACGCCAGUUGGCAACCCAAGAGCUCCGGCGUGCCGCACGUAAACCAUGGCGACCAUUGACCCCUCGCAAAGCCUGAAAAGCUCCUUGGCUUUUUACUGCAAUGCAUCUCCUUAUCAUCCUAUAUUUACCUGCCCGUUUUCUGUUGUUGUAAUCUCUUUUUCCUUCCCCGACGAUUCAUUUAAGGGGUCGGUCUCUUUAUGAAAACAGGCGCUGCGAUAUACUCGACAAGACUUCUUUUUAACAAAUUGCUUCAUCAUUAUGUAGCAUCAUCAU